GUCAUUAAUUAAUUAUUUAAUUGAAGGAAUGGGGACAACGCCAAUGGGCCAAUUAGCAAAGCGUAGCAAAUCAUUUGGUGAGGUCGAGCUAUCGAUCCAUCGCGCGCGUAAAGGUGGGUGACGCGUCGCUCUCCUUCUCCUCCCCUGCUUGGCUGCUUGCCCUAUUAGAUCUCUCCAUGUCCAUUUAAGAGAGAGAGCCAGACAGGUCCAUCCACAGGACCACCAGAGAGCCACAGCACCAGCGGCAGCCACCCAAAGCCCAGGAGGCCAGGACCGCCUCACCGCCAAUGGCCGACCGCGUGUACCCCGCCGCCAAGCCGAACCCGCCUCCAGGCGCGGCGGGCAACAGCAACGGCGCGCAGGCGUCGUCGUUCCCUGCGCCCAAGUCGCAGAUGUACCAGCGGCCCAUCUACCGUCCUCAGGCCCCCGCGAAGCGGCAGCGCGGGCGGUCGUGCCGGUGCAGCUUGUGCUGCUGCUUCUGCUGGGCGCUGGUGGUGGUGAUCCUGCUGGCGUUCGUGGCCGCGGUGUGCGGCGGCGUCUUCUACCUGCUGUACCGGCCGCAGCGGCCGUCGUUCAGCGUGUCGUCGGUGCGGCUGGCGUCGCUGAACCUGACGUCGUCGGCGACGGCGCCCGUGCUGAGCGACGCCAUCACGCUGACCGUGACGGCCCGGAACCCGAACAAGAAGAUGGUGUACCUGUACGACGACCUGACCCUGCUGGUGGCCACGGCCGCCAACGCCGUGCCGCUGGGGAGCGCCACGGUGCCCGGGUUCGCGCACGCGGCCGGCAACACCACCGUGCUGACCGCCACCGUCUCCGCCAGCGCGGUGGGCGUGGACCCCAGCGGCGCCAGCUCCGACAUCAAGCGGUCCGGCGGCGGGUCGUUCUCCGUGGUGGUGGACGCGGACACCAGCGCCGGCGUCCGGGUGGGCGGGCUCAAGACGAAGAAGAUCGGCAUCCAGGUGCACUGCGAGGGCAUCAAGCUGACGGCACCGCCUCCGCCUCCGCCGGCGCCCAAGAGGGCCAAGGGGAAGAACAGCACCGCCGCGCUCGCGCCUGCUCUGGCGCCGUCCGCCGCCGACGCGACGCCGGCGAAGACGGCCACGGUGAGCACGGCGGCGCACUCGUGCAAGGUUAGGGUCCGCGUCAAGAUCUGGAAGUGGACUUUCUAGGUACGGGCAGCGGGAGGAGAGGAGACACCUUUAGGGGCUGCAGCGCGCAAAAAAAAAAGAUUUUCGCUUUCAUUGCUAUUUAUUUAUCUAUAUAUAUAAAUAUAUAUACGGCGAUAAGUUUGUUAUCACCAUGAUUACUAUAUAUCGGAGCGGGCAGGAGUAUAUGUAUUGUAGGACCAAGACAUGCGUGCGUCGGUGUAAAUUCAUUCGCCCAGGCAUUUUCUUUUCCUUUUUGCUUCAACCAUUUUUCACCCCUGUGAUUGAUCAGUGGAACGGAUGAUGUAUAAUUACGUGUGAUUGUAGACUGUGAUUCGAUUU